AUGAAGGCGAGAGACAUUAAAACGGCACUUCAGAUCACUGAUGACCAGCUCCGACUCAACAACGGGUGGCUCGCUAAGUUCAAGAAGCGAAACGGUAUUUCGUCUAAACGCUUGCAUGGUGAAGCUGAUGCCGUCACUACGGUGCAAGUACGUUCGGCACGCUACUUAUUACAGGAAAUUACAAAGCAGUACAAGCCAGAAUAUAUUUACAAUUUCGACGAGAGUGCACGUUUCUAUCGCUUGGCUCCCAACCAAACGUUAGCUACCAUGGAGAAGAAAGGGAAAAAAACGUGA